UAUAUCUCCCCUCCACGAAACAAGAAAUAUUCUGAGUGCUUAACUUUUUCUGUUAACCAAUAUUCUGCAUUUUGUAUCGUUACAGUAAAAAUCCAAUAUAACGGCAAGCUUACUGCCAAAGAGAAAUCAGACCUGCAAUAAUGAACAACGUAUUCAAAUUACAACUCAAUAAAUUACGGACGUUUUCAUGUGUCUGCAAAAAUUAUGGAACUUUGCCUAGAGCAUUUGUAGAAGUAAAUGGUGGACGUGCAAUAUCCAGUGCUGUUCUGAAAAAGGAUUUGGCGAAACAUGAAGUUAACAAAAAUUAUGUUGUAUGUACGAGGGAAACAACAGAUACGCUACACUUCAAUGUUGAAGGUUUAUCAGAAGAUAUACAGGCAUUGUUUGCAGAGCGUGAACUAGAGGACAUCAAGAUAAAAGCUAAACAACAUGUUAUAAAAAAUAUCAGUUUUAAUUUUAUACAUGAAAAUAUUUAUAGAUGUCACCUAAACAUGCCGAUUAGAAAACUGGGAUAUAACUCUUUCUUUCAAAGAUAUAAUGAUGACAAAGGCUUAGCAAUAUUCUUUUUAAAAACUGAAAAAGAAGUGAAUGCGGAUGAAGUCCACAUCGGAGCAUACAACAAAGGGGCGUUUGCAAAACAAGCACAAGGACCUUCAAAAGAUGGCUUAUUAUAAACAUAUUAUUGAGAUCACCAAUGAUAAAUAUUUUUACAAAAGAUUAACUGUUUUGAAAUGACACUUAUCUUGAAUAACUUUAGCUUUUGUUUUCGCGUGUUUAUGUCAUUUUUACUAUUGUUAAACGAUUUUAACAUAUAUUACGUUUAUACGUUAUUGUAAAAUUUUUAGUACUUAACGUGUAUAUGUUAGUGUAGAUAAGAAUAAUAAAAAUAAUUUAUCUCA